CCUUCUGUCUUCACUGGUCUCAUCCGUUCAUUUCCUCAAAUUUUCAGUCCUCAAUUCCGUCGACUAAAAUGUUAGAAUCCGACGAAACCCAGACCAAAAUCCCAGAACCCAUGGUUCGAACCGCUGGUGGCACCGAGUACAGCUGGUGCCGAGCGGUGCCCGGCGGCACCGGCAUCACAGUCUUGUCCCUCCGCCUCUGUAAUGAACCCGAUAUCUCAGUUCUUGAAGCGGCCCUUUCAAGACUCCAAGUUUAUCAUCCCAUUCUUCGUUCAAGGAUCCACUUCGAUGCUUCCUGCAACACUUUCUAUUUCGCAACACCGUGUGAUCCCCAUGUCAAAAUCCAGUCCUUUGAUCUUCAAUCAACUUCCCACAUUCUCCAAAGCUUCUCAGAUGAUUCCCACAUCGACCCAAGCCACAUUUUACUCGAGCAUGAGCUGAAUAGAAACUCAUGGAUCCGUAACGAUGAUGAUGAGGACGGUGACCAAGUCGACAGGGAUGUUUUUUUUGUCAGCUUUUACACGAUAAGCGAGACGAGUUGGUUGUUGGUGUUCCGGCUACACACGUCGGCUUGUGACCGCGCUGCGGCGGCGGGUCUGUUGAGGGAAUUGCUGGAGAUGGUGGGUGGUGGGAGAAUCAACACGGCGGAGGAGGAGAUAGAGAUGGGAAAUGAAGAGAAACAAGUGGGGAUUGAAGAUUUGAUUCCUAGUGGCAAAGCUAACAAGUCUCUUUGGGUGCGUGGGGUUGACUUGCUUGGCUACUCCUUGAACUCUUUCAGGCUGGCGAAUCUCAACUUCAUUGUUGCCGAUUCGGCUAGACAUUCUCAGGUUGUGAGGUUGAAGAUGAACCAAGAUGACACCGACAAGCUUGUUGCUGGUUGCAAAUCAUGGGAUAUUAAACUCUGUGGAGCCCUGGCAGCAGCUGCUUUGCUUGCAGCUCGUUCCACCAAACCUUUCCCUGAUCAUCAAAGGGAAAAAUACGCCGUUGUAACCCUCACCGACUGUCGAUCCAUUCUCGAGCCAGCACUCGGUGGCAAUCAUUUCGGAUUUUACCAUUCUGCAAUCUUGAAUACGCACGAUGUGGCCGCCAAUGACGAUUUAUGGGAGUUAGCAAACAGAUGUUAUACAUCCUUUUCCAAUGCCAAGAACAACAACAAACAUUUCACUGAUAUGAAUGACCUGAACUUCCUCAUGUGUAAGGCCAUUGACAACCCUGGAUUGACUCCAUCAUCAUCUAUGAGAACUGCCUUCAUCUCGAUUUUUGAAGAUCCUGAGAUUGAUGAAUCCAACAAACUGCACCAAGAAAUCGGCCUAGUGGACUACGUGGGGUGUUCUUCGGUUCACGGCAUUGGUCCAACCAUUGCCAUAUUCGACACCAUUCGAGAUGGAUGUUUGGAUUGCGCAUGCGUGUAUCCGGCGCCUCUGCAUUCAAGAGAGCAAAUGCAAGAACUGAUAGAAUCGAUGAAAAAAAUUCUUGCAGAUGGUAGUAUCAGUCUGCAGAGUAAUAGCUAGAUUUGUUUUUCCAUCACUGAACAAUGAUGGCUUCAUGAAAAAUUUCUUUGCGAGUUUUGUCAUCAUAAAUGGAAAUUGAAUAAGCUAGUAACUUGUCAA